GGUUACCCUUCAUUAGGCACCAUUGCAUCGUCGUUGAGUGACAGCUGCAGUUUCUGGGUUGUCGAAUCGAAGCAAACAUUUUGUUUUUACCACUGAACAAAUUCCCUUUGUGAAUAUUUUUAAUCCACUACGUGAUUGUCAUUCCCUGGCAAGUGUCUUAUUUUGUCAGAUCUUUGAAUUGAAAAAAAAACAAAAAAACUAGAGAAUAUCAUCAUGGCGUACAAUGUAGCCACGUUGGACGAGCUCAUCGCCGAGUUACACAAAGCGUUCGAAAGCGACUCGGUGGACGUGGAUCACGUCAUGCAACUCAUGCAAUCCUACAAGACCAAUCCGGCUGAUUGGGGGAAAUUCGCUAAAUUCGAUCGCUACCGAUACACUCGAAAUUUAGUGGACGAAGGUAAUGGCAAAUUCAAUUUGAUGCUGCUCUGCUGGGGCGAGGGUCACAGUUCGGCCGUUCACGAUCACGCCGACGCUCAUUGCUUCAUGAAAAUGCUGGACGGCACGCUCAACGAAGUCCGCUUCGCCUGGCCGUCUGAUGGCAACAGCAGCAGCCCAGCAACAACCGAAAGCGGUGCCGGAGACGCCCAAGAACUCCAAACCACCGGUUCCACGCUGCUGGAAGUGAACGGCGUCUGCUACAUUAAUGAUUCGCUCGGAUUGCAUCGAGUGGAGAACCCGAGUCACGUGGACCGCUCCGUGUCGCUGCACCUGUACAGCCCGCCUUUCGACACCUGUCACAUGUUCGACCAGCGGACGGGCAAAAAGACGGCGGCCAAAGUCACGUUCUGGAGCAAAUUCGGCGAGCGCGUUCCAUCGACGGUGGUUUCUCAUUCGUGCUCGACUCCGAAGGUGAUCGAUGGAUCUUCCGCCACGGCGGCAACCACCAAUUGAAAAUCAUUUCGUGAGUUAGAAGCAGCAGAACGCGCCGUCGGCACCCAGCAUCAGUUAAAAAGCUAACAAGAGAGACCUGAUUACAAUUAAAACUCCCAAAAGCCAUCGCCUUAUCAUCCAAAAGAAUUUUUUUUACAGUAGCUCUAGUAUCGAAUCGAAACCAUUAUGAUUGUUAUCCUUUUACGUAAGAUGAGAAGUUCUUUUUUCUCGACGUGUCUGUCGCUGACUCGGAUAUUAAUUUUCCUUCUACAAAUUUUACUACAGGUGUCUGUGUAUGUUAGCAACAGAGACCCAGAAUGAGUACAGCAGCGCCAUACAUAUAUAUAUAUAUCCGUGUACACUUACAUAUAAUCUUCAACUUCCAAUCUAAUAAUUUUAUAUCAAAAGAAAAUUUUCACUAUCUGAAUUUAUAUAAACGACAACGACGACCAAACAAUCGUCGGCAUUGAUUCACAUUUUUUUUUUUUUUUGAUUUUUAAAUCAAAUUUUACUGAUGAUUGUAUAACGUGGCGACAAAUUUGUUCAAAACUGGCAUUUAUUGGAGAAUGUGUUGGAACUAUAUAAAUGACUGAUCUGCGGGUGCUGGGCACUGGACAGGCGCAAUAAAAAUUGUACAAAUUGGAAAAUAAACGACACUUGAAAA